UCGCCAGUACUGGAUAGGAUAGAGACAGGUGGACUGUGGAGCACACGAGAGUUAAAGCCAGAGUACCGGUCUACCGCCUCGCCUCAAAACUUUACCGGUCGUGAGUUCGUUGUCCGAGAUUAAAAUUCAUUUGCUAAAUCAUCACGAUAAAAUUUUAUCAAAAUGCAAAUUCAAGGCGCCUUGAAUUGUGGUAAAUUCAGAUAAAUAUUGUACCAUUAUUAAUUGGUAGCCCACAUUCACCUGGAUCCCAGUGCCAAGUCGCGUGUGAAUCCUGUUCAGGUUUAAUGUGAAAACGCAAAUCGUGGGGGAGUCACGUCUUUACCCACAUUUUUUCACGCAGUUUGUUUGAUAAAAAAAAAAUCAAGUUGAUGAGACUGAUGAGAAUUAAACUCACGGAACAUCAUCGAUAUCAUCGAUAGGAUACCAAGAGAAGGAGAAAAUGUUUCGUAAGAAAUGGCGCGAGAUCGUUUAGGAUCAGACUACUCCGAGAGUAUGAGCGACGCGACAACGUGCACCUGUACAACAACAUCUCUAGACAAGUGUUCCCUACGGAGUUGCACAAUGUUCCACGAGCCAUUCUUCUUGCACCCGCCGACAUCCCGUCCCCGAGACGGCAUUUACAUAAAUCCAAUGAACCCCUUCAUCUCGGAAUCUCCAAAACCGAAGGACGCCGAAUCCUUCUAUCUCCACAGCCCCCACGACCUCGUCUACACGAGGAUAACUCGGCUAUUCUGCGAGAACAUGGAUAAGUCCAGGCAUGUGGAGCGCAAUGGUAUCGAGAGGAAGGACGAGACAUUAACCGUGAAAGUGGAUGUACACAUCAAUAAUGGAAAUUUCAAGACCCUGAGCAACGGUAAUUCGAUAAAGUCGGACAUAAUCAAGGACACGGAUCAUGCUUAUGAGCAGAUCUGCAUCAGGCCGGAAGAGACGGAGAGUGUUAAGUCGAUUGGAAAUAAAAAAAUUCAUGACGACGUUAAUGGAAGCGGUCGUUUGAGAACGAGCGAACGAAGAUUCAGCAGAUCAAGCAGCGGCAGUGAAUCCUCCCAACUCAGCAGUGAAAUUCACUAUUCCUCAGCCACGUCAACCCCUCCAUUAUCACGCAACAGCAGUAAUGAACAUCUUGGAAAAAUUCCAAAGCCCCCAGAAUUACCAGAGAGGAAUAGCGCAACACCAGAAGGUGAGAAGAAUUCGAAAUCAUCGGCAAAUGGUCCCAGCAUCGUAAAUCCACCACCACCACCGCCCCCACCACCACCUCCAGACACUGAUGAUUCCUCAAAACUGAACGACAUGAGCGAGAAGAUGGACAGCAAGGAUACCAAGAGUGAGAGUGAAAGCACUAGUUCAGCGACCAACAAGUCCGAUGUAUCCUCCGAACAAGCCCAUCAGUGUCUACCGCAGGCGGAAGUUGUAACCGCGGUUAGUGCCUCGUGUACAGAGACUGAGGAUACCAAGCAGUGCCAGGUGACACACCUGGUCAAUAAGCACAUGGUGUUGCCAUUCAUACCACCGAAAUUCAACAAUGCAGCCGAUUCAAAUACAUUGCUCAAGCCGUCGGAGUAUUUGAAGAGUAUCUGCAAGGCAUCGGGAAAAAAUACAUUGUCGAAAGCACGAUCAGUCGACAAUUUGGACAUUCAAACACGAACAGAAGAGGAGGAGGUGGUGCAGUGUCCUUCCGUAAAUCCACCACCACCGGGGCCACCUCCACCGCCCCUUCCGCCCCUCCUAAUACCAAAAGACACAUCAGCAACAGUAUCAUCAUCGUCAGCUGUAACGAAUAAUCACGAAACACCGGAGACCCCGAGGACACCCCAGCCCUUGGCAACAAUCAGCAUCCAGGACUUAACGAGUGUACAACUUCGCCGUACCAACAUCAAGAUGCAUGCAACAAAGACAUUCUCAGCUCCACCACCUCGCAGUGUGUCCAUGACCAAUGUGUCAGAACCCUUUUUCGUCCAGAAAACUGAUCUCAUAGCUGAGCUUAAACUUGCUAAAGACAUCCCAGGAAUAAAGAAAUUCAAAGUGGAGAUGGCCAAGGUGGAGAAGAAACAGGAGCAAAAUCUCAUAUCAGAAAUUAGUAAAAGUUUCAGUGUCUCAAAUUUUGUUGAUCAAAUACCAGAGAGAGACAGCGCUGGAAAUAUAAUUCCCAUUUGGAAGCGGCAAAUGCUGGCGAGAAAAGCAGCAGAUCGUGCAAAAAAAGAACUGGAGGAGCAAAUAGCCCGGGAGAACGAAGAGAAACGACAAAAAGCCAUUCCACCGUGGAAGAGGCAAUUGUUGGCGAAAAAAGAUAAUUACGAUGAGAAAGAAAAGAAAGCAACCGUAGCAGUCCCUCCUACUCCAGUUGCUCCAGCACCCCCACCAGUUAAAAUCGACUUAGUACCUGUUCAAAAAAGGGAUGCCCCUGCCGCAACAAGGCCAAAGGAAGUGAAAGUGGAAGAAGAAAAGAAACCAGUACCUACCAGGGACAAUGAUUCCGACGACGAUGCCCCAAUUAUUCCAUGGCGUGCACAAUUGCGAAAAACAAACAGCAAAUUAAAUAUUCUCGACUGAUUAAUUAAUCAGCAGUAUAAAUUCACUGUCCAAAAUCAACACAACAACUGAAUGAAGCAUUGACCUACUGUUUUAUAAUAUGAAUGAGCUCCAGAGCAAUGAAUUUUCAUGAUUGUGUUUGAUCAUUCGAUUGAUCAUUCAAUAUCCUAUGUACUUCAUCUAUAUAAGUAUAUGGACAUAAUCGACAGAAUACUAUUAAGAUCCAUCAUCAAUGUAAAUAAAAUGUCAGUUUAUCAUUA